AUGUCGUCGUACUUUGAAAGACAGAAGUGUCUUUUUAACCAACUAAAGGAUGCAGAGGAGCAGUAUAGUUUUUCUAAAUCGAACAAAGCCUCCAUUGAUAUUGACUAUGGAGUUAUUGACAGAAAAACUUAUAGAAAACUUAAACAUGAGAUGAAACAGUUUAGGGGGAAAGAGAGCAUAUUCAAGCGAUCAGAGGCAAGCCUUCGAGAAUGUCUUCGGGCGAAGACAGUACCAGACUACAUUAAAAAUCCUCAAAAAUGGGCCUAUUACUCACUAGCAGAUGUCACACCUGAACAAAUGUCUGAUGCGACUAAUGCUGCUACUGCACAUACACUAAUUCGAGAGUUGGAGAAAAGGGAAGAAGCAAAACAAAACCCUAAUCAAGAGCCAAACGAAUCAGCUUUAUUUAAGAAACCAAUAUUCCAAGUAUCUAAAACCAUUCGGGUUCAAUAUAACGAAGAUGAGGAAAAGGCAGUUUUUAAAAGCAAUAAAAUUAUUAUGCCCGAAUAUGUUGUUGGUGUUUCACAUAAAAAAGAAAAUAAAAAAAGAAUUAUGAUUAAAGAAGCAAAAGAAGAUCCAGAUAGAAUUAAAAAGGCAGAAUUAAAACUAAAUCAUCUGUUUGAAAUGGAUGAUGAUUGUAAUGACUAA